UACCUUCUGCUAGGCACCAGUACGACUUUACAGCUUUUAAAUCCGAGGACUUCAACUAUAACCUCUACCGAGGGUUGCGGGGUGCUGCAAACCCGUGAGGGAGGCACCGCUCCCCCGCGAAGGCCACCACAAGCUCGCUCUCCCUUCCCCGCAACCCAGGCAGCGUAGCCCAGCGGCCACCACGUCCGCGGCGAGGCGAGGCGGAGCGCCGGCCUUUGGCCCCGCCGCGUUGCCGUCGGGGGGCGGGGCUGCAGCGGCAGUCAUGGCGGCGCCCGUCGUCCCGGAGAGCGACAGCAUCCGCAGGGCCGUGUCGCUGCUGAACGCGGUGGACCCUGGCCGGUUCCCGCGACUCGUUUCCCGUCUCCUCCAGAAGCUGCACGUGAAGGCUGAAAGUAGCUUCAGUGAAGAUGAAGAAGAAAAACUUCAAAUAGCUUUUUCAUUGGAAAAACAGGAUCUUCAUCUAGUUCUUGAAACUAUAUCAUUCAUUUUGGAACAGGCAGUCUAUCAUAAUUUGAAGCCUGCUUCAUUGCAACAACAGCUGCAAAACAUUCACCUGGAUGAAGACAAAGCUGAAGCAUUUGCCAGUGCAUGGGCAGCUGCAGGUCAAGAUACGAUUGAAAAGUUCAGGCAGAGGGUUUUGACUCCUCAGAAGCUUGAAACAAUUGGAUGGCAGCUUAAUCUUCAAAUGGCAGAGUCUAUGCAAGCGAAGCUGAAGUCUCCUCAAGCUAUGCUAGAGCUGGGACUGAGCAAUGAAGAUUCAAAGAACCUGAAGAAAGUGUUUGUGGAAUUCAGUCAUCAGGAGCUGUUUGAGUUCUAUAACAAGCUGGAAACUAUACAAGCACAGCUGGAUUCCCUUACGUGAUGUUUUUGAAGACUUACUUCUCCAUCACACUCUUGCCACCUCAUUAUUUUGAAUUGAAGAUAGAUUGCCAAGCUGUGUUUGCUGAAGGAUUCAGUGGGUUGCUUCCUGUAAAAUUAUAUGGCUUAUCUCGUUUUUAGACCAUUAAAAUUAGGCAAGCAUCUUUGUUAAGAAUCUGAAGAUUCUAAUGGGCUUUCUCUUUUUUUCUGAGCAAUUGUGAAGAAUGGCUUUACUUGCAGAAAAAAAGAAUACUGCCCUGCUUCAGAGAUGGGAGGGUUUUUUGUCCUGUUAUGUGCGUUACUUGAUUCUGGUAGAAGUUUGCAUACUAGUCAGGGACCAGGAAUAAAAUCUAUUUUUUAGACAUAAAAGGAAUAUAAAAGUAGUAAGAAAAUACACAGCUAAUAAAAUCUCUAUCUUUUUGAAUUGUUACUCACAUGAUUGAUAAAGCUUAUUGCAAAUUUGUCAAAAUAAAUUCAGAAUUUUAAAAUG